GCUCGCGCGCGGCUGGCGAAACUUACGCCAGGCAGCAUGUCCCACGCGGAGCUUUCGGCCGUGGUCGAUGCCUGCCAGGCGGCCGAGGAGGUGCACAUCGGCGUCAACAAGUCCUUCCAGGUGAGCGACGUCUCGGCGCUCCUCAGCAAUAUCGCCGCGAUCACUGUGACCAUCGAUGAGGAGCACAUUCCGCACGUCACUCGUUGGCUGAUGUGCCGCAAGAUGGCCAACCACGCCUUGGCCGAGCUGCGG